AUGCCAACGAUCCACCCGCAUGCAGCACGGCCUAGACUCAUUAGAUCCCAGCACGCCGGCGAACUGGCAGUCGUCGUUGGUUCUAUUACCCCUGAACCGCUCUGGCACCUUUGUCUGAUGGUCGCCCGGCGAGUCCCAGUUUGCCGUCGGCUCAGGCGCACGGAAAAUCGCGGCGUGCCAGCACAACAACGAGUCGAACUGGUGGGUGGCCCAGCAUCCCAAGAAGCUGCUCCGCUCCAGCGUCCCCAGUCUGGCGUGACUCCCCAACUCGGUCUUGCCUGCCGCCGGCUCGGCCAAGGCCACCUGUCGAGUCUCAUCACGUACAUCGAAAGCGUCAACUCCAAGCCCGCGCCCACCGUCUGGGACGAGCGGAUCCCAUUCAACCCAAUCUGUGUAGACUUUGCCGCGUCCGGUGGAUGGGUGCACAACAUCUGCAUCUUGCACGGUGGGGAAGCUCCCGCCGUCGUCACGCUGGUCCACCCCAGCGGGCCCGACACCGCUCCCCAUGUGAUCCAUGUCACCAAGCUCCCCUGCAAUCCAUAUCAUUAA